UCUCGUGACGUUGCGGCGCGGUGCCCAGGACGGCGGUAAAAGCGGCCGGAUGAGAGGGCGGAUGUCAUCCCGGGACCGGGAGCCGCUGUUGGAACUUGGCGACCUUGACGAUCCGGACCGAGGUACAAUACUUGAACAGUACGGAUCUGAAAUGUCUGAUCUACGGGAGAAUGAUGAGAUUGUACUGACCUUCGAAGAAGCAGUCAAAGAAUCUGGUUUCGGAAUGUUUCAUAUGUUGCUGUUAGUCAUCUGUGGUUGGGCAAAUGCCAGUGAUGCUGUAGAAAUUCUGUGCGUGUCCUUCUUGCUUCCUACUGCCCGGUGUGAUCUUCAUCUCAACACAGCAGAUAUGGGUUGGCUUACAGCAAGCAUCUUCCUAGGUAUGAUGAUCGGGGGCUACAUGUGGGGGGCCCUCGCGGACCUGAAAGGUCGCCAGAGAAUUCUUGUGCUCUCGUUAGCAGUGAAUGGGGUUUGUGGAGCUGCAUCAAGUCUGGCACCUAAUUACUGGACGUUUCUAAUGUUGCGAUUCUUUAGUGGAGUUGGGGUUGGUGGUUCCAUACCAGUGAUAUUCUCCUAUUUUUCGGAAUUCCAACCCCAGCACAGGAGAGGCUGCAUGGUCAGUGCGUUGGCCACCUUCUGGAUGGCUGGGAACAUCUUGGCAGCAGGCCUCGCCUGGCUGGUCAUUCCCAGGUCCUCUCUUUCUUUCCAGCUUGGCUCUCUGCAUAUUCAGAGUUGGAGGAUCUUUGUGGUGCUGUGCUCAAUCCCCAGUCUCUCCUCUGCACUGCUCUAUGCUCUGGGGAUGCCGGAGAGCCCCAAGUAUCUGAUGGAGACUGGGCAGGAGGAGGAAGCCCUGCGGGUUUUCCGGUGGAUGUUUUGGUGGAACCACCGCAGGACGGCUCACUCCUUCUCGGUUCAUCGGCUUUUGAUCCCUGCUGUUGACAAAAGCAGCACCAAGCUUUACAGCGAUCGACUCGACUGGCUCAGAGGUCAGUUACUGAAGGGCUUGGAUCCCAUCCGCAAGCUGUUCUCUCAGAGGCACAGGUCCACAUCGAUCGCGUUCUCCAUCAUCUUCUUCAGCAUCUCAUUUGGGUUUUAUGGUCUCUGGAUGUGGUUUCCUGAGCUGCUAAAACAGAUGGAAAUCACAGGUGGAUCUUGUUCAAGCAACUGGUCCAGCCAAAGUAGCAAAGGUGUAGAAAACGUCACCUGUUACCCAGUCAAAACAGCAGUUUACACAGAAGGAUUCAUUUUAGCCGCUGCCAAUCUUCCUGGAAAUAUCUUCUCCAUUCUAAUGAUGGAUCUACUGGGAGGCAAGCUCUUGCUCUGUGCAAGCCUGUUUCUAUCAGGUCUCAGUGUGUUCUUCAUCUGGGAAGUAAAGACAAAAAGCCAGAGCUUGAUUAUGUCAUGUGUGUUCAGUGCCAUCUCAGUUAUUGCCUGGAAUUCACUUGAUGUCAUUGGGUUAGAAUUAUACCCAACUCACUUGAGGUCAUCUGCCUUUGGCGUAUUCAGUGGCAUCAGCCGAAUCGCAUCCAUUUUGGGAAAUGUUGCAUUUGGGCAGCUCGUUGAUGUGAACUGCACUGUGCCCAUUCUUCUGGUAGCACUAAUACUAUUCAUAGGGAGUCUGGCUGGCUUAAAAUUGCCUCACAUCAAGAACAAGGAAUUAAGCUGAUAGAAUGUUCAAUAUGAUUGUGCCAGGUCAUAGUUCAUUUGGGAUCCAGUUGUUGCCUAUUAAGAUUUUGUUGCAUCUUCUAUACAAUUCUACUCAAGUAUGGAGGCAGGGUAAAGAUUGUAUCAUAAGGCAGCAACAGACCACACAAAAUUACAGUACAAGUGGCAUAAAAAAAUUUUGCCACAUAGCCACUGUUUAAGGGGUAGGAGAUAGGUUACAAAGUUGUACAGCAGGAGUGGAUUAAAUGGCUCUUGAUGAAGACUUGUAGUUCAUAGAUCCAUUUAAGGGUCAACAAUAACAAAAAACAAACUUAGCUUUAGCAUCAUCCUACCAUGGCACCUCCUUGAUGCAGUUGUAAUGCUACUGCAUUGCAAUGUUUUUAUAAUCUAAGCACUUUCCCUUCUCCAGCAACAGCCUCCAUGCUGAUCAAAAAGUAACCAGUUUUCAGUCAAAUUAUACUAUCUGGUAAAAGUUUUCUGAAACAUUUAUCCAAGUACCAGUACAACUCUGUCUUUUACAAGCAUUUAGCAAUCAUAUACAAGUUAUUUGUAUUUGACUAAAGAAUGACAGAAUCUUUGUACCGUGGCAAAAAUGUAAUCGGCUUUUCCAGUUGCACUGUAACUACCUUUGCUGAAGUUCCUUCCCUGUACAACUGCACUUAGUGAUCUUUUGUGAUGUGCUUAGUGUACAUUGUCAGUUACAUGCGACAACUAGUUGUACGUGAAUGCACUCAAAAAGGAACAAUACAUCCAAUAUAGAGUUUACGUUUUAGAACAGAGAACCUACAGCACAAUAUAGGCCCUUCGGCCCACACAGUUGUGCCGAACAUGUCUCUACCUUAGAAAUUACUAGGCUUACCCAUAAGCCCUCUAUUUUUCUAAGCUCCAUGUACCUGUCCAAAAGUCUCUUAAAAGACCCUAUCGUAUCCACCUCCACCACCAUUGCUGGCAGCCCAUUCCACGCACUCACCACUGUGUUAAAAAAAAAACAAAACUUAUCCCUGACAACUCCUCUGUACCUACUCCCCAGCACCUUAAACUUAUGUCCCCUUGUGGCAACCAUUUCAGCCCUGGGAAAAAGCCUCUGACUAUCCACACGAUCAAUGCCCAUCUUAUACAUCUGUAUCAGGGCACCUCUCAUCCUCCCAUUGGUCCAAGGAGAAAAGGCCAAGUUCACUCAACCUGUCUUCCUAAGGGCAUGCUCCCCAAUCCAGGCAACAGCCUUGUAAAUCUCCUCUGCACUCUAUGGUUUCCACAUCCUUCCUGUAGUGAGGAGACCAGAACUGAGCACAGUACUCCAAGUGGGGCCUAACUAUGGUCCUAUAUAGCUGCAACAUUACCUCUCAGCUCCUAAAUUCAAUACUAUGAUUGAUGAAGGCCAAUACACUGUAUGCCUUCUUAACCACAGAGUCAACCUGCACAGCUGCUUUGAGCAUCCUAUGUACUCAGACCCCAAGAUCCCUCUGAUCCUCCAAACUGCCAAGAGUCUAUCAUUAAUACUAGAAUUAAUUUAAAAAUACACUUGGACUAAGAUGUUAACUGUCCUGUGCUCUCACCAGUGGGAUCAUCAGUUGAUCUGCCACUUGUCUCCAGGAGUUUCGGCCCACUUAUGAUCAAGACUCCCGAGGUGGUGGGCCAGCAGUACUAAAGUACCACCUCCCACUGGUGAGCUUAAAAACUUGGCAUCUGCUUCUAUCAGAGUUGUUGGUCGCUUCCAUCCAACAGAUAGACCCCUGAAGAGUAGACUAUGCAACUACUGAAGGGUUUGCAAAAGAUACACUGUCCAACUAUCUGCCCCUCUGGACAUACUUAGUCCACACCCAUCAUGAUCCUGUCUCUGCUGCCUCAGCUACAGCCCUGCUGGUUGACUUGCUCUCUUCUGGUGAAGCCAAGGUCACGCAGCCAUUUCUGGAAAGUGAACGCAAUAAAGCCACAGCAACCUACUUCGAAUGGAUAGCAUGAGACCUUCCACCCUCUGAUCUUAUUUCUGCAUACUUGUUUAACUUGUGCUCAUGGGCUUCAUCGAUGUUGUCUUCCCAGGGGACUGAGUUCACUAAUAACCACUUCUCUUCUGGUGUCAGACCAUACAAUUAUAUCUGAACGCAAUGUGGUGAAAGCUAUUUGCUCCGGGAAACUGUCUUUCCCAUGCAGGCCGACCUUGACACACCAAUCAUUAGCUGAAGAAAGUAUGCUUGAUCAUGGGCUUGCGUUGUACACCCUUGACUUGGAGCCUUCUUUCACAAAUUAUAUGCAAUGUUCUGUUCAGAAUGGGGCAUGAGAUAAGUCGUGCUGCAGUACUCCGCUCAACCACUUCUGUUCUCAAAGUUGUAACAUUGUUGUAUCUCCACAUGUACAUGCCACUGGAAAGAUUGACUCUGCAUGCACUCAAAAUAUGUUGGUGUUCCCUUCUUUCCACAAGCAGCACACUUGUCUAUCUUCAUACCAGGUGCUGAGGUUGGCAGGUGUUGGAAGCAGGUCGUACGCUGCUCUGCAUAGAAAAGAAAUGCAGAGCGGUUCCAUCUGCCACAGAACAUUCCUAGUUAGCUGUCAUUAUUCAACGCUUUCCCACCAGGUCCAAGCCCCUUGUUUGGCCAGGCCAGCUGUUUUAGCUAACUUCUUUUCUACCUCUCGUAUUUCUUGCGUUACAAGCUCACGGCACUGCUUACCUGUAGAAGAUGACCACCACUUGUGGGUUGUCCAUCUAAGUCCUUGGUGAACUAGCUGGGUAGCCCCAACUGUCCUCUUGUGCUUCAACCUGGGCUCUGCCUCAUCAACUGCUACAUGGGCUGACCACUUCCUGCCUGAUUUCACAUCCAGCUGGGUGUUCUUGAUGACAGGGUCUUUUGAGUCUCGAAGCAUCAAGAAUGAUCUUACCUUGGCUACCUUGACCUCUUCAGCAAGGGAAUGAACCGGGAUGGUAAGCUUUGUCUGGUUACUGUGGAUUGCAACAUUGGUGAGGCUGCUCGGUGCUACUGCAAGCCACUUCUUCACAUACUUUAUCUUCUGUUCCAUUGUCUCAACAUGGGACAUUGCCACUUCAUAGACAGUCAGUGGCCACAUUAUCUGUGGCAUCAGUCCGUACUGCGAGCACCAUAACUUCAACUUGCCAGGCAAGCCCCACUUGUCGACAGAUAUCAGACCUCUGCUGAUCUGUUCUCCUGUCUCUUGAACCCCCUUGGUGUCUCUCAGCUCCUCUGUGUACCAUUACCCGAGGCUCUUAACUGGUUGGACCUGAGUGGAUAGAAUCUCCUCUCCACAAAGGGUGAAAUGAAAGUCAACUAGCUUUCCUCUAAGAACAAGGCUCCUUGACUUCUUGGUCUUGAACUUCAUUCUUCCCCAAUCCAUUAGCUCCGAGUCGAGAUAGUACACUUUCCACUGCCUCUGUGCUAGGACCAAAAGGGUGAGAUCAUCCAUGAAUGCUCGUAUUGGUGGUAACUCCCCUCUGCCAUCAAGUGCGCCACCUGGUCCCACUGAUUCUGCAGCCCUCACAAUAACCUCCAUGGCUAACACAAAAAGGAUGGGUGAAAUUGCACAUCCCAUUGGGAUUCCAAAUUCCAAGCUCUGCCACCUAGUUGUAAACUGCUGAGUGGAAAACCUCAUCUGGAAAACAUUGUAGUACUGCAUAACAAAGUUCCUCAACUUAGCAGAAAUCCUUAGGAAUUCCAUCGCAAACUCAAUCAGGGCAUGGGGAACAGAACCAUACGCACUUGCCAGAUCAAGCCAAACUACAGCCAGAUUUCUUCUCAACCUUUUCGACUCCUGGAUGGUAUGCCAUAUCAUACUAGAAUGUUCAAGGCAUCCCGGGAAGGCUGGUAUUCCUACCUUCUGCACAGAUAUAUUUACCAAUCCAUUCUCUACCACAAAAUCUCUACCACAAAUGAAGAUAUUCUUUCUGCUAGAAUGCCAAACAAUCUUCCCCUCUCCAUUCAGGAGUGAAAUUGGUCAGAACUGAUUUAACGUAGUAGAAUUCACUUCCUUCAGCAGGUACACUCCUUCAGCCUCAUUCCAUGAGGAAAGAACAACACUGUCUCCACACCACCUUUAACAAUCGCCACAAGUAUUUCCUCAGUCUUCACACUUCCUGAACACCUUAUACAGCGCUGCAUUAGGUCCUGGCACUGAACCCGACCUUGCCUUUCUGAUGAACCGUUUGACUUCUGCCAGUUUGGGUUCUGACAGAUCAAACUUCACUCUUGGCUCAGUAGGCUUCACAAGCCCUGAAAUGUCAAGCUAAGGAGCUUCCCACUGUUCGUUAGAGCAAGUGCUUGCCAGUUUCUUGUUCUUCAAGUUCUUGUUGAGAGAUGUUAAGCUGCCCACUUUCACUUUGUUCAAUUUCUUUGUGAACUGGUGAGGGUUCCCAAAGAACGACUUUCUUGCCUUCUCUCUCUUCUUAUGUUUUGACUGCACGACGGAGCAAUGCUAACUUUAAUCGAAAAUGCUCUCAGAGAUCAGCAAGCCCUGGCUUGGCACCUUACUUGCUACCUUCCACCUGUCUCAAUGAUCUAAGCUCUCUCCUCAACCUAAAAAUCUCCUUCUGGCACAUGCUUGGUGUUCUUGUAGGCUUUGCUUUCUUCAACUCAACCAAACCAAACUGGUACUUUCCAACGUCGUAAAUCAUAUCGCCCAGCACUUCCAACUUUCCCUUUGAUGUUCCCAUAAGAGUGUCCUCCAACAUCAUACUGAUAUCCUCAAACACACACCAAGCCCUCUCAUCUGCCAUUGCUGGCCACUUGACCUUCCUCUUCUCUACCUCACCACUGCCAUCAUGCAAAGGAUCUACCUGGGUACUGUGGUCUGAAACCUGACCUGGGUUAUCUCUUGUCUGACCUGGAGUAUGACUACUCUCUCCAGAGCAAAUUGCUGUGGCUUGUGAAUCAGUGGUUGAAAAGACCACAUCUGUGCUUGAAGUAAUUUCAUCUUCAUCUACUGGGAUAUUCUGCCAUAUUUGACUUACCAAAAUGAACCACUUCACACUUAUCCGGGUUGAACUCCAUCUGCCACUUCUCAGCCCAGUUUUGCAUCCUAUCAAAGUCCCACUAUAACCUCUGACAGCCCUCCACACUAUCCACAACAUCCCCAACCUUUGUGUCAUCAGCAAACUUAACCCAUCCCUCCACUUCCUCAUCCAGGGGUCAUUUAUAAAAGUCACGAAGAGUAGGGGUCCCAGAACAGAUCCCUGAGGCACACCAGUGGUCACCAAUCUCCAUGCAGAAUAUGACCUGUCUACAACCAUUCUUUGCCUUCCGUGGGCAAACCAGUUCUGGAUCCACAAAGCAAUGUCCUCUUGGAUCCAUUCCUCCUUACUUUCUCAAUAAGCCUUGCAUGGGGUACCUUAUCAAAUGCCUUGCUGAAAUCCAUAUACACUACAUCUACUGCUCUUCCUUAUCAAUGUGUUUAGUCACAUCCUCAAAAAAUUCAAUCAGGCUCGUAAGGCACAACCUGCCUUUGACAAAGCUAUGCUAUUCCUAAUCAUAUUAUGCCUCUCCAAAUGUUCAUAGAUCCUGCCUCUCAGGAUCUUCUCCAUCAAUUUACCAACCACUGAAGUAAGACUCACUGGUCUGUAGUUUCCUGGGCUAUCUCUACUCUUUCUUGAAUAAGGGAACAACAUCCACAACCUUCCAAAACCUCUCUCAUUCCCAUUGAUGAUGCAAAGAUCAUCGCCGGAGGCUCAGCAAUCUUCUCCCUCACCUUCCACAGUAGCCUGGGGGUACAUCUCAUCCAGUCCCAGCAACUUACCCAACUUGAUGCUUUCCAAAAGCUCCAGCACAUCCUCUUUCUUAAUAUCUACAUGCUCAAGUUUUUCAGUCUGCUGCAAAUCAUCACUACAAUCAUCAAGAUCCUUUUCCAUAGUGAAUACUGAAGUAUUCAUUAAGUACCUCUGCUAUUUCCCUGGUUCCAAACACACUUGAUAGGUCCUAUUCUUUCACAUGUUAUCCUCCUGCUCUUCACAUACUUGUAGAAUGCCUUGGGGUUUUCCUUAAUCCUGCCCGCCAAGCCCUUCUCAUGGCCCCUUCUGGCUCUCCUAAUUUCCUAAGCACCUUCCUGUUAGCCUUAUAAUCUUCUAGAUCUCUCCAUUACCUAGCUCUCUGAACCUUUUCUUUUAAGCUAAUUUCCUGCCCAAUAGCCUCACAAUUCCCCUUACUCCAAUUAAACACUUUUCUAACUUGUCUGUUUCUCUCUCCCCAAUGCUAUUGUAAAGGAUAUAGAAUUAUGAUCAUCAUCUCCAAAAUGCUCUCCCACUGAGAUCAGACACCUGACCAGGUUCAUUUCCCAAUACCAAAUCAAGUACAGUCUCUCCUCUUGUAGGCUUAUCUACAUAUUGUGCUAAGAAACCUUCCUAAACACACCUAACAAACUCCACCCCAUCUAAGCCCCUUGCUCUAGGGAGAUGCCAAUCGAUAUUUUGGAAAUUAAAAACUUCCAUCACAACAACUCUUAUUAUUACACCUUUCCAAGAUGUGUCUCUAUCUGCUCCUCGAUAUCCCUGUUACUAUUGUGCGGUUUAUAAAAAACACCAAGUUAUUGACCCCUUCCUGUUCCUAACCUCCACCCACAAAGACUCCGUAGUCAAUCCCUCCAUGACAUCCACCUUUUCUGCAGCCGUGACACUAUCUCUGAUCAACAAUGCCACACCCCCCCCACCUCUUUUGCCUCCUUCCCUGUCCGUUCUGAAAAAUCUAAAACUCAGCACUUGAAGUAACCAUUAAUAGAAUUAAAACCAGAGGUAGCAUUCACAUGCACACCCUGGAACAAUUAACAGCCAGAACUUUGUGGAAAGGUGUAGUAUGAAGUAGAAUACGCAGAACACAAGCAACUGUCCACAACAGAAGGACUUAAGAUUUGAAGCACUUGGAUUCAUAGCCAAAUUUAAUGCUGCAAGUCAAUUCCACUGAAAUCUUAAACAGAAGUCAUUUUUCAUUUGCUCUCAGCCAAUGUUCUUUGACCCUCAAAUUCACCAGGUAAACCAAAACCUAACAUGAGAAAUUUAUCAAGGAAAAUUGAAUCUUGAUUUAAGAUAUUUUUAGGAACUACUGUAGUAGACCAACAGCAAUAAAUCAAAUAAGGACAAUAAAAUUACUCCAUAACAUACUGUGAACAUGGGUUUUUAUUCCAUUUGGGUUUUACUUACAGCAAGUCUGGGUGUCAAUGGCCAGUAUACUCCAUUAAUUGGUCAUGGCUACACUGAAGGAUUGCUACAAUUUAGUCAUUGCAGUUUAGCAAUACACCAGACAGAUUACUGGGGCAUCUGGCCAUUAUGUAUAACAUAGGCUCCUUUUUACCUCUAGUUGAGUGGAAGCAGUGUGAUUUUUUUCACUGUAUUGGUACAUUAGACAUGUUCCACACUUGUUUCAACUACUUUUUUUGACCAACAUUAACAGCUUACUCCACAUCUUCAGGUAACUGCAGUCACACCUGCAUACCACCACAGUGAGGUAGAGACCUUACUAAUGCUCAACAGUAGCUGGGCGAGUGACAAGGCAACAGCUCAGCAAAAAAAAAAGUUAAGGACACUGGUUCUUUGGCACACAGCUUCAGAUCAAAAACCACAAGAGUAAAAACCUCUUCAAGUAACUUGGAGAUUCAAGCAGCUGCUCAGCAAUAGCUUCAUCCUUUUCAACAAUAAAGAGCAACUGCCCAAAAGGGGACAAAACCAGAAACUCAGCCUGGCCCGGCCAUGAAACCCCUUCUGCUCAAGUACAAAAAAAAAGUGAGAAUGGUGAUUUAAAAACCUCUACCUACCCAUAGUGCAAAUUAAAAAGUGCAAAGAACAUCUUAAAACUAUGUACAGCAGCUCAAAUGUCGUUAUUUCAGUCCAGUUUCUAAUCCAUAAAUCCACACCAAUGGUUGCAAACGUCUUGAUUUACAACAAUGACCCAGGGUCCAUAAUAGCAGCCCCAGACAAAAAUGUUAAAAGCCGCCAGGAAAGAGUCACGGUUGUGUUUGACCAAAACAUUUUAACUGGUCAAAAAAAAUA